GUUUGCUGAGAACCGCGCCUGAGCCAAGGCGGAGAUUUGUGGCCCUUCUUAUUGGUGGGAACGGAGGCUGCAUAUCUCCGCUUUCCUUGUUGCCUCUUCCGGUGUCCUCUUAAUACCCCAGGAGCUUCGGACCUCACCAGGGAGAGACGGGAUUGUCCGUGGGCAGUAGGCUGUCGUGCGCUGAGUGGUUCUGUUAGAGUUUGAGGUGUAUGUGCUCACGUGGUGCCUGCGUCCAUCUGUUUUUUUGGAGGGUUGGAGACAAGCGGUUUUUAUCUGGGGUUUGGUGUUAGCUUCAGAAGUUUUUCUGAUUGGCGCCAGUGCGGCGAAGAGAGUGUUGCUGAUGGUCUAGUAGCUUGCAAAGCUGUCUCUUCCUAUUCUCUUUUUUUGAGUAAUCCCUGGGACUCUUGUGCUCUUCGUAGUGUGAGCCAAUAGUUUUGGCUGAUUUCAUUUAGCAAAUAUUUACUCUGUACUUUCCGAAUGUCCGGCACUCAAAUUCUGUGCCUUCAAGUAAGCGACAGCCUUCUGGGUGAACGCAGCACAUAGCAAAGUAGUUAUAAUAUGAUGUGAAAAUGCAAGGAUCUAGUUGCAUGUCAUAUAUUAAUGAAAACAUUGAAGAGGGCCACCAAACUCAAUUCUGGAGAAGAGGUUUAGAAGGGUGAAGAAGCUGGUUUAAAACUCAACAUUCAAAAAACUAAGAUCAUGGCAUCCAGUCCUAUCACUUCAUGGCAAAUAGAUGGGAAAAAAAGUGGAAACAGUGACAGCUUUUAUUUUCUUGGGCUCCAAAAUCACUGCAGAUGGUGACUGUAGCCAUGAAACUAGAAGAUACUCCUUGGAAGGAAAGUUAUGACAAACCAGGAAAGCAUAUUCAAAAGCAGAGACAUCACUUUGCUGACAAAGAUCCAUGUAGUCAAAGCUAUGGUUUUUCCAGUAGUCAAGUAUGGAUGUGAGAGUUGGAACGCAAAGAAGUAUUGUCAUGGACAGCAACCACCAAAGUAAUUACAAACUCAGUAAAACUGAGAAGAAACUCUUAAGGAAACAGAUUAAAGCCAGGCAUACUUUGCUGAGACAUGAAGGCAUUGAGACAGUAUCUUAUGCUACUCAGAGCCUUAUUGUUGCCAAUGGUGGUUUGGGUAAUCAAGUGAGUAGGAACCAACUGCUCCCGGUUUUAGAGAAAUGUGGAUUGGUGGAUGCUCUUUUAAUGCCACCUAACAAACCCUACUCAUACGUAAGAUACAAAACUGUAGAAGAAUCCAAGAAAGCCUAUGAUACUCUCAAUGGCAGAGAAAUAGUGGAUGAUUUAGGACAAAAGAUCAUCCUGUAUUUGAAUUUUGUGGAAAAAGCACAGUGGAAAGAGUUGGGGCUUCAAGCCUUGCCUCCAGGCCUCAAAGUACUAGAAGAAAUUAUUUCUUCUGAGGAUGAGAAAAUGCUUUUGGAGAGUGUUAACUGGACAGAAGAUACAGACAAUCAAAAUUUUCAAAAAUCCUUAAAGCACAGAAGAGUAAAGCAUUUUGGCUAUGAAUUCCACUAUGAGAACAACAGUGUAGAUAAAGAUAAGCCGUUACCUGGGGGUCUUCCUGACAUUUGUGAGAGCAUUUUAGAGAAAUGGUUGAAGGAAGGAUUCAUUAAACAUAAACCUGAUCAAUUGACUAUAAACCAGUAUGAACCUGGGCAUGGAAUUCCUGCUCACAUUGACACGCAUUCUGCUUUUGAGGAUGAGAUCAUUUCUCUCAGUUUGGGAUCAGAGAUUGUCAUGGAUUUUAAGCACCCAGAUGGUAUGACAGUGCCAGUUAUGCUGCCUCGUCGGAGUUUGCUGGUGAUGACAGGAGAAUCUAGAUACCUUUGGACCCAUGGAAUCACACCCAGAAAAUUUGAUACUGUUCAAGCAUCCAAGGGUCACAAAAGUGGAAUUAUCACCAGUGAUGUUGAAGACUUGACUUUAAACAAGAGGGGAAUACGGACAUCAUUUACAUUUAGGAAAGUGAGGCAAACACCUUGUAAUUGUAGUUACCCUUUGGUCUGUGAUAGCCAGAUGAAGGAGGCUCCUGCAUCAUUUCCAGAGAGUGAUAAAGAAGCCUUACAACUGGAGCAAGAUUAUGUCCAUCGGGUUUAUGAAGAAAUUGCUAGGCACUUCAGCAGCACAAGACACACCCCUUGGCCACACAUAGUAGAGUUUUUGAAAGCUUUGCCAAGUGGUUCAUUAGUUGCUGAUAUUGGAUGUGGAAAUGGAAAGUAUCUUGGCAUCAAUAAGGAGUUAUAUAUGAUUGGCUGUGAUCAUAGCCAAAACCUUGUGGACAUUUGUAGAGAGAGGCAAUAUCAGGCCUUUGUCUGUGAUGCUUUGGCAGUACCAAUCCGCAGUGGAUCUUGUGACGCUUGCAUUUCCAUUGCUGUUAUUCACCAUUUUGCUACAGCAGAGCGUAGAGUGGCAGCUCUCCAAGAACUUGUUCGACUCCUAAGACCUGGUGGGAAGGCACUCAUCUAUGUUUGGGCUAUGGAGCAAGAAUAUAAUAAGAAGAAGUCCAAGUAUCUUAGAGAAAACAGAACUAGCCAAGGAAUGAAAGAGGAAAUCAGCAAUGAUACAUCAGUGCAAGAGUUGCUUGUGAAGCAGUUGCCUAAUGUAGGCAAUCAAGAUUCAGCACAUUCUGUCUCCUCCAUAAAUGACUUUCAAGAUGGAGGAUGUAAUUCAAGGAACGUUGCUAAUUCCAAGUUGCCUGUUCACACUAACAGGACUUCUUUUCAUUCUCAAGACUUACUGGUUCCCUGGCACUUGAAGGAAAAUCCUGGUAAGGACAAGCGUGUGGAGCCAUUUGGUUCCUUAGGAUCCCGUGACCCAGGUCCUGUGUUUCAUCGUUAUUACCAUGUGUUUUGUGAGGGAGAAUUGGAAGCUGCCUGCCAGACUUUGAGUAAUAUCAGCAUACUGCAAAGUUACUAUGAUCAGGGGAACUGGUGUGUAAUUCUUCAAAAGGUCUGAUUAUCUCUAUGAACAUACUAUAUACAGGGAAGAAGUGUUUUGUUUUGUUUUUAAUGAGAUUAAAUUACCUAUAUUUUUUAGUUAAAGAGAAAAUGUGUGGAAAAGUAUCAAAGGAGAGUGCCUGGGAGAAAUUUGAAAGUAGAGACUAGUUAGGAUAUAUUCAGUCUACUACUAUUGCUGACAUUGCUUAAUCCAUGAUGGAGGAACAGGGAUGGUUUUUAAAAGUAAUUGAAGUAGUUCGUGAAAUAUGUGGGAUCUUAGGGUAAGAGUCCAGCAUUUUGAAGAUAAACUUUUGUUAUAAAAUGUUGCUAAAUGAACUAAAUUAUGUAGAAUCUUAAUGAAGUAAUCACAUAACAUUUUAUCAAUAAUAAAAUAUUCCUGUUCAGUAGAAAAUUGUCUGAAAUUUUAUCUGUGAUUGUUAGCUCUGUAAAAUCACAGAUGAUAACUACUCUGUCACUGCACUUUACUAGCACAAGACUUAACACAUCAUAGGUACUUAGUAAAAUUUUAGUCAGUUGGAUAGUACCCAUACAUUAAGGUAGGGGUUCUCAUCCAAUAAAAACUUAUUGAAACUGUGCAAUGUACCAGUCACUAUUUUAAGUUCUGUGAGAGGAACAGUGAACCAGAAAAAAACAAAGUCAAUGCCCUCAUUGAGCUUAUAUUCUAGAAGGAAAGACAGACAAUAAAUGAUGCAGGACGCGGGUUUGACCCCUGGAUCAGGAAAAUGCCCUGGAGAAGGGAAUGGCAACCCACUCCAGUAUUCUUGCCUGGAAAAUUCCAUGGACAGAGGAGCCUGGUGGGCUAUGUAGUCCAUGGGGUCACAAAGAGUCAGACAACGACUGAGUGACUUCAUACUCGAUUAACAAGGUUGUAAUAGUUUCAGGUGACCAGUAAAGGGACUCAGCCAUACAUGUGCCUAUAUGCAUUCUCCCCCAAACCCCUCUGAGGCCCAUCCAGGCUGGCACAUAACAUUGAGCAGAGUUCCGUGUGCUAUACAAUAGGUUUUUGUUGGUUAUCCAUUUUAAGUAUAGCGGUGUGUACAUGACCUGCCAAAGUCCUAACUAUCCCUUCCCCCUGGCAACCAUGAGUUUGCUUUCUAACUCUGUGAGUCUCUUUCUGUUGUAUAAGUUCAUUUGUACUAUAUCUUUUCAGACUCCACAUGUAAGGGUUUUCAGGUGAUAUUUCUCCUUCUCUGUCUGACUUCACUCAA